AUGAUGCUUAUUUCCGCAGUGCUGUCCUUGCUCCUCGUUAGGGUCGAGGCUCAUGAAGAUACAUGCGUCUCAUAUGCUGUUCGCGAAACUUCAUGCAAGGGGCGACGAGUUGUCGAAUUUGCUACUAUCCCAGUGAAACCAUGCAUACCCACGUCUAAACUGAAGGAUAUGAUCAUGUGGAUAAUGGGUAUGCUCAACAAAGGUCUGGUCAUAUCCGUUGCACAAUCACAUACCUUUGGAGGCAAAAGUGUCGUUUACAAUGUACGGUCUCCUGGCACAUUCUGCGAAGGUAAGUCAGCGAGAUAUUCUACAGGGCUAGGAACUUCAUGGAUGCUAUGCGGCGUCAAAACAGCUCGUCGCUGGCAUGUGAACUUUGUUAGACCAUUGAAU